CUUUACACGCACUCUGUGAAGACUUAGGCAAAGUUAUAUUCGGAUAAGAGCAGUAUAAACUGCGUACAAAGUUGCAAACAGCAUUCUGAAUGUUAGUUCAGCUAAAGCAGAGAUGAGCAGGUACAUGCAUUCAAAAAGUGCACUUGCAUUAAUUUGCAUACUUGUGAACUUGCACUUGAGCUGCACUCAAGAUAUCUGUAAAUCAGGUGAUGACUGUAAAAAUAAAGAUGUCUAUGACAACACCAUGACAGCAGUUCCUGAAAAACUGAAAGAAGGAGCCAAUGAAAUAUACUUCGUUAACAGCCAGAUUCCUGUCAUAACCAAAGGAGCUUUCGCUAAAAACCCUCAAGUAACAAAAAUCGAAUUUAUCGGAACUUCAACGCAGUCUGUGGAGGUCGGAGCCUUUGAGGGUUUGCCUGAUAUCUCAACCAUUGAGAUAUCUGGCACCCAAAUGACAGCAUUACCUGUAGGUGUUUUUAAGGAUCUCAUCAACCUUGAAAAACUUGUUUUAAAAAGUAACAAACUCCAGAGCCUUGAAAAUGGAUUAUUUGAUGAUUUAAAAAAGCUUCAAGAACUGAGUCUACAUACAAAUGAGAUAAGCUCCAUUGAGGAGGGAACAUUUGAUAAUUUAGAGAAUCUCUUGUCUCUUCAUCUAGCAAAAAACAGAUUAAGUUCUGUAUCAAAAUCUCUUUUUGCAAAACUCAAGAAACUGCGUUAUUUCAGGCUGUAUGAAAACCAGCUGAAUGUUUUGCCUGAUGGGAUUUUUGAUAAUCUUCCUGAUCUGAUAGAAAUUAACGUGCAAGGCAACAAAAUCUCAGCUAUACAACCAAAUUUGUUUCCACACAAAACUAAAUUAGUAAAACUGUAUUUGGAAAAUAAUCUUUUAACGGAACUACCCCAAGAUCUAUUUGUUGGCUUUUCUGCAUUAAAGACUCUAACUCUGCACAAUAAUCAACUCACCAGUCUUCCCGCCAUCCUUUUUGGAGAAAUGCUGCAAAUGACUGAAUUGAGCCUGAGCCACAAUAAUCUUACCUACUUACCAACUGGAGUUUUCAGCCCUCUCAAGAAGCUCAAGAAGUUAGACCUCUCCUCAAACCAAUUUUCAACUUUAUCUGGAGACUUUUUUGAAGGUCCUGAGAAACUGACUGAACUUAAUCUUCAGAAUAACAUGAUAGAAUCACUUAAAUCAGAGGACUUUGAAAAACUUCAGUCUCUUUCAACACUCAAACUGGCAAAAAAUAGACUGAGAAGCCUUCCUGGAGAUGUUUUUGUCUCUCUUCCAAAACUCAGUAAAUUGUACCUGAACAAUAACCCAUGGCACUGUGACUGUAACCUGUUGCCAUUUUUCGAAUGGAUGAAGAACAAUGAGGAAAAGAUUAAGUCAAAGCCUGCUGAAGUUUGUGAAUCACCCAAAGAUCUGCUAAAUCAACCCAUCUCCUCCUUGACAGAGCAACAACUUGUAUGCCCCACAACUUUACCAACUACAACCCGUAGAAGUACCACUCCCAUGACCACACUGCACACCAAAACACUGGCACCUGCAAUCACUACUGCAUUACAGACAACAAUUACACCUGCUCCAACAACAAUCACAACUAUAACCCUAACAACUCAAAUAAUUACAGCAGUUCCACUUACUACAACACCACCGCAGACAACCACAGAACUCACAACUUUGCUACUAUCCAAAACUCCACUGCCUCCCACCACUGCUACAACUCAAGAUCUGAGGUCUACAUCAGUCCCCACCACUACAUCCACAACCAGAUUACAAUUAACAACUGUACCUCUGACAACUACAUUGUUCCCCACCACUACAUCCACAACCAGAUUACAAUUAACAACUGUACCUCUGACAACUACAUUGUUCCCCACCACUACAUCCACAACCACAUUACAAUUAACAACUGUACCUCUGAUGACUACAUCGGUCCCCACCACUACAUCCACAACCACAUUACAAUUAAAAACUGUACCUCUGACAACUACAUCAGUCCCCACCACUACAUCCACAAACACAUUACAAUUAACUACCGUUCCUCUGAUGACUACUUUAAUUCACACCACAUCAACACCCACCAAACAAACAACAAUUGCCACGACUUCGGCAACUACUACGUUAUUAAUCCCCACCACCCUUCCCAUCCCCACCACAAGGAGAACGACACAUUUUCCCACCACACAAAGUAGUUUCACCUGCACUGGCUCCUCUCAUGCAUCUCACUCAAGGGCUGCUCCCACCCAAAUGUUGUCAUCAUGCAAGGCACUGAUAAUAUAUUACACUGCAAUGCUAGUGGUGGAAAUCUGCUGUACUAUGGUGCUUGCCAAAUUCACAUAUUCACUUUAUUGUUCUCUCCAGCAAAGGGAGAGACUGUACAACCAGGUCAACCUGACCCAUUUCUCCUAUACUAAGUCCAUUGUACUGAGACCAGUUGAUGAAACAGAGACUGUAGCUCUGUGAGAAGGUUUUUAAAAAACUGGAAAUGUUGUUGUAUAGGAAAUAAAAGAUUAACAACAGGGCAGGGCAUGAAUCUAGUCAAAGGUUCAUCACCUGCCAGUGUUUCCACAUGAUUGUAUAUUUGUCUCUUCUAGACUGGACUACUACAAUGCUUUAUCAACUGGCCUUCCAGCUAGCAGGAUUAAGCCACUAUAUCCAGAAUGCUUCAACAUACCUUGUUUCUAACCAAACUAAGAGGGCCCACUUAGAACAGAACAGUGAAGUUUCCAAACUCUGUCUGAUCAGCUAAGUCCAUCAGUGAAGUUGAAGACUAUUAACUAUUUUUUUAUUUAUUUACUUUACAGGUUUUUUUUUUUUUUUUUUUUUUUACACUUUAUCGCUAAGUUCAAGUCUCUAUGGCACAGAAGUUCAUGACUGAUAAGACUGUCCUCAAGUGUGCACCUUACUGCUCGUAUGAGUAAGCUUCAAAUAAAGUUACACUGUGUUAUAAUGGUACUAUGUUAUAGUGCUGGGUGUAAUCUGAUUACUGUAAACAAAUUACUUUUUAGUCAAAACAUUUUAAAUUCGUUUAAUCAGUUUACAGUUAUUGACUUUCAGUGAAGUUAAUUACUUUCAAGUACAUUCUUUGGGUUACACAUAUUUCUAAAAUAAUAUUAUUUAUAUAAUAUACAUUUAAAACAUGAAUUAUGUUCAUAUGCACUACGUCUGUUUGUGUUUCUGUAACAGCUAAAGAGUCACUAACAAGUCAUUUUAAGGGUGAAACGUGUGGUGCUGAGUGUAUGAUGAACAAUGAACAAGGAGGAAAUAUAGACAAUAGCCACUUUCACACAUGAAACCUGGUAAACUGCUGUAAAUUGUUGGAUUGCCUUUACUGGUUAAUGUACCACAUCUGCAAUUCACACAUGCACCGGCUUUCUACCUUUUGUCCAUUUUGAUAGCAUUCAUACCAAAAUGCCAUUAAACUCUACUACUACAUUUUUGCAAACUGACUUUUACGUGCCACGUUGCACGUUUCACUGCAGUUUCCUGGUGAAAUUAACACUAGAGGAGCUACAACAACUGUCUCUUUUAUUAACUGUUAUACAAAUUCUGACUACAAAGGCUGAUUAUGGCUUUAAUAAACACUUAUUUUUCACACUAUUACUAAUACACUAAUAUGUUAUGACAUUGAAACACUUUUACUCUAAUGCAUCAUGUGAAAAACAAUAUACUGUAUUUCAAUGCUUGUAUUACAGACCCACCUACAUUUACACACGUAUUCCAAUGUGAUUAGCUUCCACGGUAGCUCACCUGACAGAUUGUUAGACUUUGGACUCAGAUGGCCAAGGCUCAAGACCAACCAAGCACACAACCUGACAAAUAAGCCAAAAGUGUCAUAGAAGUGACACAAAAUGACAUGGUUGCUUCAGAAAAUGUGCUUUUCCAGUCUCAUUUGACUUUUCCACACUAUCGGAUAGUUUAGAUAUUGGUUAAGGAUAAGGAUGUUGGUUUUGUUCACCUCUCAUUUGAAUUUAGAACACUAUUGGUUAGGUUUAGGUGUACAUUUUAGGUUAGGGAGAUAUGUUUUACUCAUUAAAAACUCAAUUUAAACUUCACCUUAAAAACCUUGUCUGAUUAUGACACCAUUUUCGCUUUUGGCAACCCCACGCUGGACAAUUCACUGGGAAACUGCAGCCAAACAUGUAAUGAAGCACGUCAUUUUCAUGAGAUAAGGCCAAGUUAUUUACAGUGGCUGAGGGGUGCACAACACAACACAAAUUAACAAAGCAAAUACAAGCUGAAAACACAACGGUGAAACUACAACGCAAUGGAAAUAAGCCCCAACACAAUGAAAUUAAGCCACAACACUACGGAAAAGCCACAGCACAAUGGACAUAAGAUACAACACAACAAAAUUAUCAGAAAAUAAAUAGCUGUACUUUUUUGUCCUUAAGUGAUCUGACCAAUACAUGGUUGGGUUUCUACAGUACCAGAACUCAAUGCACAUAACUUCAUCAACAUUUGCUCGAAUCUGUACCUGGCAAUGACGCAAAAAUACGUCACAGUAACUGCAGCUAUUCUUGCGUAGCAUCAGCUCUUAUAAGGUGUCCUGCUCCCGCGAAACUGGGCUGUAUGCAGGCUGUAGCCUCCGCUCGGAUGAUGAAGUGCUCAGGGGAAAGCUCAGUUCCCUGGUCAAUGCUCUCUUGUGAUGCCAGGGUUGACCAGGGAACACUUGUACUCACUUGCAGGAUGAGGAGCUCUUUGCAUCUUCUGAGCAGAUCAUGAUCUCUCAUGCAUUGUGUCAGACUGCUGCAUGACUUAAAAUACAGUACUUAAAAAAUAUGUAAUUUCUGUUAAUUUCACUGUGUUGUGGCUUAAUUUUGUUGUGUUGUGGUUUAUUUGCAUUCAUUCUGUUGUGGCUUUAUUUCUCUGUGUUGUGACUUAUUUUGUUGUCCUUUCAGCUGUUAUUUGCUUUGCUGAUUUUGUUGUGUUGUGCAUUUCUCAGCCACCAGUAGUUAUUGUAUCAGUCAACAAGUUUCUUCAUUUGCUCAGAUGAACAGAAGAGCUUUUAGGCUGGAUUACACUAUACCACUUCUCAAAUCUGAACAGAAUCUAAAAUUACUAGGUAUCACACACUUAUUGACUAUGUAAAUGACUACAAAUACAAACUAGGCAUCACACACUAAACGACUAAGUCAAGUCAAGUCAAUCUGAUCAGUGAUAUGAUAGGUGUGGGUUAAGUCAGGUCAUUUUUAUUUGUAUAGUGCUUUUCACAACACACAUCAUUUCAAAGCAGCUUUACAGAAAAUCAUGCAUUAACAAAAAAUGAAACUGUAAUAUCUACAAAGUCUUAGAGUGAUUAUUGUGUUGUUAAGAUUAAAUAUGAUUGUAAAUUGUGUAUAAAAAUGAAAUAAAUAAUAAUUAUAUUUAGAACCCAUGUGAGCAAGCUGAUGGUGACUGUGGCAAGGAACACAAAACUCCAUAAGAUGUUGGUUAAUGGAGAAAAAUAACCUUGGGAGAAACCAGGCUCACUGUUAGGGCCAGUUCCCCUCUGGCUAUCCAGCAUGAAUAUAAUGCCAAUAUCAGUUGUUUAUGUGCAGUGCAGGUCAUGGUUUAAGAUUAGUAAACUAAGUGUU